UUACAGCGGACGCACCAGGAAGUGGCCACAGAGAGCGUCGCUUAGUCUCGGUGGUUUAUUUUUUUUCCAGUCCUCCAAGGCUUCAGGAGGAGAUUCGUUUAUAGCUUUGUGUCGGUGUGGAACGGUUACCGGCACCAUGUCGUCCUCCAGCGCUCUCAACAAACAGCCCCCUAUCCAGUCUACGGCCGGAGCCGUGCCUGUCCGCAAUGAGAAAGGUGAAAUCUCGAUGGAAAAGGUGAAGGUCAAGCGUUAUGUCUCCGGUAAAAGACCAGACUAUGCUCCUAUGGAAUCUUCAGAUGAGGAGGAUGAGGAGUUCCAGUUUAUUAAGAAAGGAAAGGAGCAGGAGGUACAGGAUGUACAGGAACCGCCUGAAGAAAGCACCAGUGAUCCUCGUCUGCGUCGAUUGCAGAAUCGUAUAAAUGAGGAUGCGGAGGAAAGAUUGGCCAGACACAGGCAGAUCGUGGAGCCUGAGGUGGUGGGUGAAAGCGAGUCAGAGUCUGAGCCAGGUGAGGAAUGGCAUGUGGAACGACAAGAAGACACCAGUGAGGAGGAGGAAGAAGAGGUGGAUGAUGAGGAAAUUGAGCGUCGCCGUUCACUGAUGCGGCAAAGAGCUGCAGAGAGGAAAAAUGAUGAGAUGGAAGUGAUGGAGGUAGAAGAUGAAUGGAAAUCAGGAGCAGAAUCUGAGUCCGAGUCAGAAUAUGAGGAAUACACAGAUAGUGAAGAUGAAACUGAACCAAGACUGAAACCAGUUUUUAUUAGAAAGAAGGACAGAGUAACUGUGCAGGAAAGAGAAGCUGAAGCUAUUAAGCAGAAAGAAGCAGAGGCAGAAGCCAAGCGUUUGGCAGAGGAAAGACGUAAAUACACCUUAAAGAUUGUAGAGGAGGAGACAAAGAAAGAGAUAGAGGAGAACAAGAGGUCUCUGGCUGCACUGGAUGCUCUUAACACAGAUGAUGAGAAUGAUGAGGAAGAGUACGAGGCUUGGAAAGUACGAGAACUUAAACGUAUCAAGCGUGACCGUGAAGAAAGAGAAGCGGUGGAGAAGGAGAAGGCUGAGAUUGAACGUAUGCGCAACAUGACAGAGGAGGAGCGCAGAGCAGAACUUCGUGCCAAUGGCAAGAUAAUAACCAACAAAGCACUGAAAGGGAAAUACAAGUUCCUCCAGAAAUACUACCACAGAGGAGCCUUCUUUAUGGAUGAAGAUGAUGACGUGUACAAAAGAGAUUUUAGUGCUCCUACAUUGGAAGAUCACUUUAACAAAACUAUUCUACCUAAAGUCAUGCAGGUCAAAAACUUUGGUCGUUCUGGUCGAACAAAAUACACUCAUUUGGUUGAUCAAGACACAACUUCAUUUGACUCUGCCUGGGGACAAGAGAGCGCCCAGAAUACAAAGUUCUUUAAACAGAAAGCAGCCGGUGUAAGAGAUGUAUUUGAAAGGCCAUCUGUGAAGAAGAGGAAAACUUAAUGGAUCACCUUCAAUUUCUUUGAUUCCCAUAGGCUACAAUCCCACGCAGCAGUUUCUGUUUUAUCUUUUGGAAAACUGCUGCUGCAGUUUUUAGCCAGAAGCAGAAGGGAGUUAAAAAGAAACACAAAAUAAAGGAAUUACUUACUCUUCUGCUUCAUGCUGGGCACACUUCUGGCAUUGGCUCAAAGACUUCAGUGGCAGAUUUACAAUAACGCAAAGAAAAAAAAAACUGCAACUGCCAUGUUUGAUUGUGGUCAUAGACUAAAUCCAAUGAUGUACUUUUUGUGCAUGAUUGACAGUCCUAUUGACUGAUUUGACUAUUUGUGGUCGUAAUGUAAAUAAUUUCCCUGGACUGUAUAUAGACAUCUUUUUAAAUUUACAAUGAGUGUCUGGUUUGCUCAAGUCUUUUGUUGCAGGACAAUUUCAAAUACAUGAUUUUUUUUUCUUGCUGCCUACUCUGGUAAUUUUGGCAUUCUUGAGGACAACUAAAACAUAAUCAUAAAUUUAAUGUACUGGAUGUAGUUGCCACAAGCUGAAACCUUAUAUAGGCCCUCAUCGUCUGAAUGUCUAAAGGGCUCCAAAGCACCAACACUUAACCCCUUAAAGGGGUACUCCACCCCUAGACAUCUUAUCCCCUAUGCAAAGGAUAGGGGAUAAGAUGUCAGAUCGCCGCGGUCCCGCUGCUGGGGAGCCCUGGGAUCCCCGCUGCGGCACCGCGCUCUCAUUACAGCACAGAGCGAGUUCCCUCUGUGUGUAAUGAUGGACGAUACGGGGGACGGAGCAGCGUGACGUCAUGGCUCCGCCCCUCGUGACAUCACGGCCCGUCCCCUUAAUGCAAGUCUAUGGGAGGGGGCGUGACUACAUGCAGGAAAAUUUAUACGUUUAAAAUUGUCAUCUUCUGACCCCUAUAACUUUUUUUAUUUUACCGCGUAUGCGGCUAAUUUUUUGCGCCGUGAUCUAGUUUUUAGCGGUACCAUUUUUGCAUUGAUAGGACUUAUUGAUAUAAAGUGUCCAAAAAUACACUAUUUUGGACGUUGGAAUUUUUUUGCGCGUACGCCAUUGACCGUGAGGUUUAAUUAACAGUAUAUUUUUAUAAUUCGGACACUUCCGCACGCGGCGAUACCACAUGUUUUUUUAUUUACACUUUUUUUUUAUGGGAAAAGGGGGGUGAUUCAAACUUUUAUUAGGGGGAGGAGUUAAAUGAUCUUUAUUGACUUUUUUUUUUUCCUCCCCACCUUUUUGCAGUGUUAGCUCCCAUAGGGGGCUAUAACACUGCACACACUGAUCUUUUACAUUGAUCACUGGUUUCUCAUAGGAAACCAGUGAUCAAUGGUUCUGCCGCUUGACUUCUCAUGCCUGGGUCUCAGGCACUGAGCAGUCAUUCGGCGAUCGGACACCAGGAGGCAAGAUAGGAGACCCUCCUCGUGUCGUACAGCUGUUUGGGACGCCGCGGCGAUCCCGAACAGCUCCCUGAGCUAACCGGCAAUGUUUUACUUUCACUUUAGACGCAGCGUUCAACUUUGAACGCCGCGUCUAAAGGGUUAAUAGCGCGCUGCACCACGAUCAUUGCCUCGCGCUAUUGGCCACGGGUCCCGUCCGUUGUUAGAGCCCGGGCCCGACCCGCUAUGAUGCGGGGCCACGACGUUAUGGAAAGGGAAAGGACUCAAGAUGUACCUGUACGUCCUUGGUCCUUAACGGGUUUAAGGGGUACUCCGGUGGAAAACAAUUAUUUUAAAAUGAACUGGUGCCAGAAAAUUAAACAGAUUUGUAAAUUACUUCUAUAAAAAAAAAUGUAAGCCUUCCAGUACGUAUCAGCUGCUGUUGUCAUCUACAGGAAGUUGUUUUCUGCCUGACCACAGUGCUCUCUACUGACACUUCUUUUCAUUUUAGGAACUGUCCAGAGCAGGAUAGGUUUUCUAUGGGGAUUUGCUCCUACUCUGGACAGUUCCUAAAAUGGACAGAGGUGUCAACAGAGAGUACUGUGGUCAGACAGAUAGAAAGUUAUUUUCUUUUUGAAUUUCCUAUGGAUCAUACAGCAGCUAAGGACUGGAAGGAUUAAGAUUUUUUUUUUUUUAAUAGAAGUAAUUUACAAAUCUGUUUAAAUUUCUGGCACCAGUUGAUUUGAUUUUUUUUUUUUUUGCCAGUGGAGUACCCCUUUAAUCCUUCCAGUACUUAUCAGCUGCUGUAUGUUCCAGAGGAAGUUCUUUUCUUUUUGAAUUUCUUUUCUGUCUGACCAUAGUGCUGUUUGCUGACGCUUCUGUCCAUUUCAGGAAAUGUCCAGAGCAGGAUAGGUUUGCUAUGGGAAUUUGCUUCUUCUCUGGACAGUUCCAGACAUGGACAGAGGUGUCAGCAGAGAGCACGGUUGUCAGACAGAAAAUAAAUUCAAAAAGAAAAGAACUUAUUCUGGAACAUAAAACUGAUAAUUACUGGAAGGAUUAAGAUUUUUAUGUCAUGGUGGAUAUAACUGGACAUAAGAUGGACACAGGAAGAUGCUGAGCAGAGGAAUGUGGAUUGACCCUGCUGUGUAUGUCUGGUCUGGGUGGGGGCUGGAUGGACACAGGAAGAUGGGGGGCAGACAACUUGGAGACCCUGGAGAUGCCUUCCCCCCCCCCCCCCCUACAGGAAUCUGGGUAGAUAAGAAGAGCUGGGUGGGGGACUCUGAGUGUAGUGUGUGAUGUCCCAGAGACGGGAGCUGAUGCUAGUACAGAGCCUGCUGGGACCUGCAGUACCCCGAUAGCUGAGGAGUCGUCUGAUGGAGUUGCUGUGUUGAUCUCUGGGGUGAGAGUUGCUGCCAGUACAACCUGCCCUGGAGAUUGUGCCCCAGAAUCUGGAGAAUUGCUGGGAUAGAGGAGCUGAGGCUGCCCUCUGGAACAAGGAAUCGUGUUGGAGUUAUCUGUGGACAAUACAUUGGAGUGUUGGAACCGGAGCUGAAUCCCGGGAUCUGCAGUUUGUUCCUUCCCUGUGCCCAGUGACUGUGCCAUUCUGUUGCCCAUUGUUUGCCCAGACUCCGGAUCACCCCUCAUCGGUGUGGAUUGUGUGUUUUGUUUUGUGAUCUCUGCCAAUAAACCUGGUGCUGUUCUCCCA